AUGGCUCAACAACAACAUCGUCCAGGACAUCAUGAUCCCGAAUUCACAACUAAUCCGUUAUGGGCGGCAGUGAAUGAGUACACAAUGUCUCAUCUUCACCCAUCAUCACGACCCAACGGUGCUGUUUUGGACUCAACACUCGAAAGCAUAAAAUCAAACGGCACGCCAUCAGGCUCCACGGGCACUGUGCAGAGCAAAUUCCUUGAGCUGCAAUGCCGCAUCCUGAAAAUCAAGCAUGUGCUUGAAAUUGGAACCCUUGGAGGCUACACAUCAAUCCGGAUAGCAACCGAAAACCCUCGGUGUCAUGUCACUAGUAUCGAGGUAUCCGAGAAACAUGCUGCCGUUGCCAGAGAAAACAUCACCAAGGCAGGAGUGGCUGAUCGUGUCGAGGUUUUGGUGGGACCUGCACUUGAAAUCUUGCCUACUUUGCUGGCUGAUAUUGAAGCUGGGAAAAGGGAGAGGUUUGGCUUGACAUAUAUUGAUGCGGAUAAACUGAACAGUGUAAAUUAUUUUGAUUUUGGAGUGAAGAUGGGGUAUUCUGGUGGGCUGGUAGUGGUUGAUAACAUGGUAAGUAGGGGAAAUCUUGUUGUGGAAGAUAAAAGAGAUCAUGAGCAUGUCAAGGGGGGCAGAUUGGUUGUUGAGACUGUAGGGAAGGAUACCAGAGUCGAUGCAGUGGUGAUGCAAACUGUGGCGAAGAAGAAUUAUGAUGGCUUCUUGUUUGCAGCAAUCAAGUAG